GUGAUGUUUUAAAUCACGUUUAAAAUAAUAUGUAAAAAAAUCUAAAAUCUACCACGAGUGAAGGAUUCCUUUGUUUACUAUAAUAUUUUUUGUUUAUACCAUUGUCUACUUAAUUAUUUAUUAACAAGUGUCGAUGUAUUAAAAUCUAUAACAUUCUAUUGUUCGUCUGCUUAUAAUUGCAAAUAUGAUUAGAAGCCAUAAACGAAGAAGAUUUUAUUUAGAUACGAAAAAAAAAGUUCAAGUUUUAAAGAAAAUAAAAGAAGGUGUCAGUAUGGAUAUUAUUUUACAAGAAUGUAAUAUAGAUUCAACGUCCUAUUACAAAAUAUUGAAUAAGGAGUCGGAAAUUUUAAAGAGUUUUAAUAAUUUAGAAAAUGAACACCGAAAUUUAUCUGAACAAUUCAAUUGCCCUGAUUUGGAGGUUAUUCUAUUAAAAUGGUUUCAACAAAAAAGAGAUAUUCAUAGAGGAUAUCUAAAUUCAUUAUCCAAUCAAAUUAUGAAAGAAAAGGCGCUAUUGUUUAAUGAAAUGCUCAAUGGUCCUACCAAUUUUAAAGCAAGCAAUGGCUGGCUGGACAAUUUUAAAAAAAGGAAUGGAAUUCGAAAUUUUGAAUUGAAAGGCAAAUUAAAUAAUUCGGAAAGUGUUAAACAAUUUUCUAUUUAUUUAAGGGAAAAAAUUAAUUCUGAAAAUAUUCCUUUGGAAAAUGUUUAUAAUGCUGAUGAAUCCGGCAUUAAUUGGAGAACAUUAGUGUCUUGCAUUUAUUCUCAGGAAAAAGAAAAAGAAUUUCGUACCAAUAUUUCAGAAUCCAAAGAUAUAAUAAAAGAUCGUGUAACAGCUUUAUUUUGUGCCAAUGCGAGUGGAAAUAAUCGAAUUCCACUACUAGUAAUUGGAAAAGAAGAAACACCUGAUUGUUUAAAUGAUUUAUCAUUGAAAACUGAAAAUGCUACAUGUUUAAAAAUGAUAAAAAAUUUUGGUGUUUUUUACACAAAUCAAAGUAGCGCAUGGAUGGAUAAAAUUAUAUUCAAGCAAUGGUACAAGGAGAUUUUCAUUCCACAUGCCCUAGAAUUUCAACGUAAAUCGGAAACAAAAGGGAAAAUUCUCCUAAUUCUCGACAAUGCACCAUGUCAUCCAUCGCGCGAUGAAUUAAAUGCAAUUAAUGAGAAUAUUGAAGUUAUCUAUUUACAUUCCGACGUAACUGCCACAAUUCAACCAAUGUAUCAAUUGAUAUCAUUUAUAAAAAAAUAUUAUCAACAAAAUUUGUUACGGCGUCUAUUAUUAUUAUUUGCCAAUAGUGAAAAUGGUGACAAUAAUUUUCAACGAAUUUUCAAUUAUCGUGAUUGUUUUGAAUUUCUGAAUGAUGCAUGGAACACGUUACAAUUUUCAACUUUACAAAAUGUUUGGAAAUUUAUAUUAGAUAAUGCAUAUCAAAAAGAUGAAAGCAAUUUUUCAAUUGCUGUUGAGGAUAUGGUAAAAUUACCCGACGAAAUUACCUACGAAUUAUUUCAUACUUUGUUCAAUUCAAAUUUUACAAUGAAAAAAUCAAUUGAAAUUUGUCGAAAUUUGUAUGAAUCGAUAAAUGAUGAUGACUGUGGCUGGGAGCCAUUGUCGGACAUUGAUAUUUUAAAUUUUGUCAUUAAUGAAAAAGAGGAGGAAAAAAUAAGAGAUGAAAUUGUCAAUAAUCAGAGAUUAUCAGCCAAUGAUAGUGAUAAUUUUAAUUCUACAAAUGACAAUGUUGUGACAAAAUUAAAAGAAAAAAACACAGACAGUGAUAGUGAACAGCAAUUUAAUGAUAUAAGAAAUGUGAUAAUAAAAGAGGAAAUUAUUUUGGAUUCUGACACAGUUAUCGAAUCGAAACAUGUAACAACUGAACAGGCUUAUGACAGUAUAGUAAUAUUGAAAAAUUGGAUGAAAUCGUCGCGAAAUAUUUCUGAGCAACAUCUCAAGUAUUUGGAAGAAGUACAGAGUAUUAUUAGUCAAGAAUAAAUUUUAUUCCUCUAAAAAAAAAAAGAAGAAUCUACGCGACACUUAAUUUUUAGUGUUGAAAUGUAAUAUUUAUAAAAUUCUACAUUUAUUAUUAUAAAAAUUAAAUUGUGUAUAUAUAAUAUUAAUUUUGUUAAAAAAUAUAAUAAUUUAAAGUUAA